GCAUCAAUGCUAUGGUGGUGUGCGAUAACAGAAUGCAUAUAAAAAGCAUUGAUGCCAGGUAUCCCGUGUGCAAUCACGACUCGCAUGUAUGGGGCUUAAGCAAGCUGAGAUCGCAUAUGGAACGGCGAUAUCGGGAAGGUGAAAGAAACGCGUGGCUGUUAGGUGAUGCCGGGUAUCCAUUGCAGCCUUGGCUAAUGACUCCGUAUCGAUCUGUAACUCAAGGCAGCCCGCAAAGUAAUUACAACAUGCGACACUCCACAACAAGGAAUAUAGUAGAGCGUUCGAUUGGGGUAUUGAAGAACAGUUUCCGAUGCUUGUUGUGUGCUCGAGAACUACAUUACUCACCACACAAAGUCACAACAUUUGCAUUUACUACAAAGUGGAAGAUUUGA